AAUUCGUCAUCGUGUUGUGAAACGUCUGCUUGUGCUGCGCAGUUUGUCUGCUACAAGUUACGGCCUAAACCGUGAUUUUCUUUUCAAAGUAUAAACAAGGCUUAACUACGAUUUGCCAAUAUGACGAAGUUAAUACAACAGUUAAAUUUUAGUAGUAGUAAUUACUUCGACCUUGUAAGAUACGAGCCUAACUCUACUAAAGGAGAGAAUUACUAUGGUGACUGCGCGUCUUUGAACGCGGCCGGCAGCAAGCGCUCGGCUUUGUCGGCUUCCGACGCCGAGUGUUUUUCGCUCUGCCUGGGCGCCGGGCCUCUGUGGUGGUCCUGAUGUCCCUGCUCACGGCUCGGCACCGCCCGGAGGGGUGAGUAGCGGGGCUUCGAGCCCCGCUACCCCAUCCACCCCCACUCACGACGACAACAAUCAGUUUAAAUGGUCUGUAACGUCAGGUGACUUGUUGAGCGCUCUACUAUGGGCCAGCGCGAGCUCGUUAUCGAGCAGCGCGGAGAGCUUGGCUUCCGAGUCGAACUUACCGUCGCUGUCUCACCCGGCUCUGCACCCAGAAAGACGUGAAGCGGUUAUCAGCAAGAUACUGGAGCGCAAAGAUCGGCAACCAGUAAAGAUCGACUUCAAAAUUUUCCUUACGGAAAACACCGUUACUCGCUGGGAAGCUGUGUUGCAUGGCAGUACCAUCUAUCUGCGCAUGCCUGGAGUGCUGCAAUCUGGAAGCAAGGAGAGCUUCAUGCUCCUGUUGGACUUUGCUGAAGAGAGACUUGGUUGCAGCAAGUAAGUAUUCAACAAGCAAAUUAUUAACUAAAAAUGCUGACUGCAGUGAUAAAAUUGAAAAUAAAAUACAUGUUCAUCGGAAUGUGCUUCACACAAGCGCCAUAUUGUUUUUUUACCAAAGGCAAAUCUUAUGAAACCUCACACUUUAAAAAUCUGUCAAGCUGUUAAGGGCUGUAUUGUCACAUGCUGUACAGGUUAUAAAGACACAAACAAACUUCAACUAAACCUACCAUGCCCUACAAUAUCCGAUAAACAUUACCCCUCCUUCAGACAGUCUGCUAAAAACUCCGUUAAAAAUCAGUUGUGAGUAACACUAGGCGUUCUCAACAAUUUUUAAUUGGAUUGGACCUGUUUGUUUGUAUGUCAAAAGUCUAUGGCAAUGUUAAUUUUGAAUAAUUAUUCAUCGGUAACUAAUGCAGUGCUUCUUAAUUUUUUAGUGAUGAAAGACCAACUAACUGAUUUUUUGUCUUGCCAUGGACCACCAACACUUUAGACAAACGUCACCGAGUACCGGAACAAACUUGUGUCUGAAGUCGAGUCUUUGCUGGACAAAGUCUCGGAUUGGGGGCGACUAAAUCUAGUCCAGUUUAAUCCUCAGAAGACACAAGUUUGCGCGUUUACCGCUAAAAAGAACCCCUUUGUCGUAUCUCCUCAGUUUCAAGGUACUCCCCUUGUUGCCUCAGCCAGUAUCGGAAUCCUUGGCGUCGACAUAUCGAGUAGCGUGCAGUUUCGUGGUCACUUGGAAGAAAAGGCCAAAUUGGCCUCUAAAAAGCUUGGCGUGCUCAGCAGAGCGGGACAGUAUUUCAUGCCGGCUCAACGCCUGCAACUUUACAAGGCGCAGGUUCCGCCUCACAUGGAAUACUGUUCCCAUCUCUGGGCUGGGGCUCCCCAGUGCCAACUUCUUCCACUUGACCGCAUCCAGCGCAGAGCGGCUCGAAUCGUCGACGACCGAUUCCUUUCCGAUCGGCUCGACUCAUUGGCACUGCGAAGAGAUGUUGCAUCUCUUAGCAUUUUCUUUCGCAUUUACCAUGGGGAGUGGUCUGAGGAAUUGUUCGGAUUAAUCCCAGCCGCCAAAUUUCACGAACGCACAUCGCGGCAGAACUCCCGAUACCAUCCACACCAUCUGGAUGAUUGGCGGUCCACCACUGUGCGAUUUAGAAGAUGUUUUCUUCCUCGCACAAAUUCCUUGUGGAAUAGUUUACCACCAGCGAUUUUUCCGGACCGAUACGACUUAGGGACCUUCAAGAAAAGAGCCUACUCCUUUUUAAAAGGCCGGCAACGCAUCUGCAAUUUCCCUGAUGUUGCGGUUGUUCAUGGGCGGCGGUUGUCACUUACCAUCAGGUGAGCCGUAUGCUCGUUUGCCCCCUCUCCUAUAAAAAAAAAAGACUUAGUAUAAAUUAUGGUAAGGUUGAUUUUUAGGUUUGAUCUACAAAUAAAACAUAGAAAACUUAAUGUGCGGCAUUAUUGUAUUCAAAACCAGAUCGGUAGUAUCUGGACAUGGACACCGACCAUCAUCUAGAAAAAUGAUCUUUUUUAUAUAUGAGAGAAUUGUAUGAUAGAUACCUUAGAGGACCAUUUUGAGUGGGGCUACCAGUGGUCCACGAACCACCGAUUAAGAACCACUGCUCUAAUGGAUAUUGACAUUGUGUAUUGGGUCGCGCAUAUAACACUGAUAAAACGAAAUGCGAUACCGACAUACAUAUGUUAUUAUAUUGACGUUACCUUAUAAAAUGUAAUAUUUUUUCCAGCUGCAUUAUCUGCGUUUUGAAGUCCCGACCGGAUCGAGCCACACUCCUUCGCACUUUCAUGUUCAUGGGAUUCCAACUGCUCUCGCCCACUUCGCCACUAAUGCCGCCGGAAAUCAACAACCCCGAUUACGUCUUCUUGCACUAUAAUAUGCAAUAAAUAUCAACUUAUCUCUGGCACUUCCUUCAUUUAACCUUCAUUUAAUUUAAUAUUUAACAAAUCACAUAUUAUUAAUUGUUUACACAAUCAAGAUUAUAAAAGGAAAUUAAUUAUGUGCUUCACUAACAAACUAACUAAAUUUAAAAGUGUUAAAGUAGUAAUUAAAAUUAUGCCAGAGGCUCUAAUAUCGGCAUUUUGUUUGUGACAGAUACCUAAUAAAAAUUGAAAUUAGACCGUGUCAACUUUCUUUUUUUCAAUUCGAUUUCUUGAAUGUCGUUUUUCGUAUUCCCAUGAAAAGGUAAUUCAAAGUGGUCACAAAUAAUAUUGCCAUAUUAUCUCCAAUAUUGAAUUGAGCUUGCAUAGUGGUUUCAGAAAUGCGUCAACAAGUCUUUAGUAUUUAGAUAUUUAGUAUGUAUUGUUCUAUUGUGUAGUGUCAUCCAUUGCUUUUGAUUUCUUUAAGUAUUACAAAGAAAUAGUUUUCAUGAAAGUACUUUUGCAUCACCACCUUCGUAGUAGCCUUGAAUAAAUUUAGAAUUAUAUAAAACUAACGAGUUAAAAAUUGUUCAUGAUCUUAGAGAAAUCAAAAAGCGUUUUAGUUGAUAGAUUGUAUUUUUUUUUCUACAAUUUCAGCUUUGAACAUAAGCGCUUUCAAUUACGAUCUUAAUAUUCAAAACUGACGUAGUAGAAACUUUAUUUUAAUCUAUAAUUAUAUUUAACGAACUUUAUGUCGUCGUGUAUUAAUCAUAAUUCACCCACUCCGGGGUAGAGCGCUAUAAUACAUUUUAAUAAAAAAAAAACAAAAAAAAAUACAAAAUGAUAAAAUUAAAAUAAAAACAGUUUCUAAAAUAUUUCGAUCUCCACUUUAAUUCACAGUUUGUAAGUACACACUUUGCAUGAAGUAGCCAUCGAACAGUUUUUAGUACUCCUUUUGCAAAUUAUAAACAUCUAAAUUGGGAUUAUAACUGCAAUCGCGCAUUGGUUACAUAAUUCUUAAUUUAUACACCAUUAUUAUCCAGUAGUGUGUACCACAUUAUUUUCCUCUUCACAUAAUCCAUAUAUUUCAAUAUAUUUGUUUAAUGCCUGUACAUUAACGAAUUAGUUCUAUUUAGAAUUAUGUCGUUAUUGAAUAAGCUUGUUUAACUUUACUCUUAGAAUUUAAACUUAGUGUCUAAGCGGUUUGAUGUUUUAAAUUUCUUAUAUUUUAAUAUUUCUAUAUUAAACUGACUUUCACAUCUAUGCUGUCGUUAAGAAUUCCAACUUCGAUAUCACAAUAAAAUAUCAUCUGUGUUACAACGACGUCGGUGGCAUAAAUGUGGAUGGUCAUAUUUUUAGAAUAUUUUGUGUAAGUAAACAUUAGUCUGAGCAAUGUUGUUCACGAGCAGCGUUGCUCAAGUUAGCCAUUAGGAUUAAUUUUGCAGCAAUCCCUAAUUAUUUUGUUUCAGUAUUUGUUUGUGGGAGUAUUAUAAACAUUGUUUUUAUCAGACGAUUUUAUAGGGGUUGCUGCAUGUAGCGUAAUUAUAAGUUUAUUUUAAUGGAAAUCCGAUUAAAAAUUAUCUUAACC